UUUUCAUUGGGAGUUCAUCUAGCUGGGACAUUAGAAAGUAAACUAAAGAAAUAUGUGGAAGAAAGUGAUUUUAGUCGCGGUGCUUGUUGCCUUUAUCAGUGUGCAGUUUGCCGACUCCUUGAUCUGCUACAGUUGCAAUUCACCUGACUCCUGUCGCAGUCCUUCGAGUCAUGUGUGCUCCAAUACAACUGCAAAUGCUAGCAGUACGUUUUUGAAAACGAUUCACUCCAAUGUACCGGAAAUUGCAGGAAGUAGCUAUUUUCUCUGUUCCAAUCUUGUUUACACUCAUAGUGAGAAUCAAAGUCAAGCGGCUGCCUUCCAGGGCUGUGUUCAUCCCAAUGCAACGGUUUGCAAUUUAACUUUGAAUGCCACAAAUAGCAAUAACUGGAACAGAACUUGUUCUACUUGUUUCGAUAAAGAUUAUUGCAAUCCUGCUGGCACUUUUAGUGGGAGUUUCUAUACAAUAGUUGGUUCAGUUUUGGCCCUACUGAUGGCCAAGCUAGUGUAUUAAACACCAGAUAUGAAAAAAUUGAUCUAAAACUAAAUUAAUUGUAAAUAAUAAUAAAAUA